CAGUGAAGGAUUCACUAUUCUUCAAAGAUUGGCUAUGAAUGGUAACAGAGGUGAGCUCAAUAUUUCGCUUCUUCGGUAUCUUCUUGAUAACGGCGCCAAAUGUGACACCUUGUGUCCCUCUGGUGACAGUGCCAUGCAUCUAGCCGUAAAACAUGGCAACUGGUACAUAAUAGAGGAACUUCUGCAGGAUAAGAUCGAAAAACAGUUCGCAUUCAUGUCGUCAAGUAAGGAACGUUUUAGCUCGCGGGCACAGGUUAGUCAGUUUAUGGAGAAACAUGCUAACACACAUAACUCAAAAACAGAUAGAAAACAAAGUGCAAGAGCCCCUUUCAACAUAAAUGCCAAAAACUUGUGUGGAAACACAGUCUUACAUCUCAGCACCAAAACAAUAUAUUGGGAUCAAAUCCGUACACUGCUGACAUGUGGUGCGGACGCCAGUUUAACAGAUGAUGAAGGGCACACGGUCUUGUAUCGCCUGGCUGCUAAAGAAUGGAAAACUGCUGAAAAUGAUCCCCAUAUGUUAAAAGCACUUAAAAUAUUAAGUAAAGUAGCUGCUUGCACGAUGGAAAAGGAUGAAUUCGGUGACACCCUGAUACAAAUUGCAGCCAAAAACAAGAAUGUACAAAUCGUGGACAUGUUGCUUAACUAUGUGGACGACGUGAACAUAAGAGACAAGGAUGGUCUGACAAUUCUACACAGAGUCGUGCAGUGUACGUCACCUGUGUCUUUGAAAAUUGUGAAGACGUUGAUGAAGAGGAAGGCAGAUAUAGAAAUAGCUGGUCCACAUGGCGACACCGCCCUUCAUCUUGCAGCUCAAUGGGAGAAUUGGGAUAUUGUACAAGAAUUGCUAGAGAAUGGGGCCAGGGCUGAUAACACUGACAGCCAAGGAAUGUCUGUCUUACACAGACUGCUAAGACGAGAUAACUCGUCUUGUAAACCGGCAACGUAUUCGUUGCUGUCAGGUGCUUUUUGCAGCACCCCGAGAAAUUAUGAAGAAAGAAAAUUACCUUUUGUUAAAUUAAUGAUUAAGAGCGGUGUGGACAUAAACACUAAAGAUGAAAAUGGCUUCAAAGCAAUACAGCUGGCCUUGAUCAAGAAAGAAUGGGAAGUUAUACAAUUCCUAUAUGAGUGUGGUGCUAAUGUUGACCAGAAUGAUCUGUCAGAAGGGAAAUCAUUUUUACACGAGCUUGCUAAUGAUACUAGUGUAGAUGUUCAAAUAGCGAGAUCUUUUACUCAACGGAUUCUGUCGCGUGGCCUUUGUCUUAACGAACGUGAGGCACAAGGUGACACGCCCUUGAACCUCGCCGCUAAGUGUGGAAACUGGAAGAUGGUUUGCGUGUUUUUAAAGUAUGGUGCUGAUGUUAGCUUACCCGACAGUCAGGGAUGGUUUGUGAGUCACAGGCUGGCAAUGGACAGUGGUAAACUGAGUCACCAUGGAAUAAGUUUGUCAUACUUGCUGUUGUUACUGACUACAAAAGGGUUUAAAGUGAACCAGACAGGACCUGAUGGAAGGAGUUGUAUACAGCUGUCGUUAGAGCAUAGAAAGUGGGAUUUGUUUUGGUGGCUUGUGGAAUCCGAAUCGUCCUAUUUCUUUACUUUUCAAGAAAAGAAAACAAUCUUACAGCAUGUUUAUCUGAUUACAAAUAAAAAUUCGGAUCCGCGUAAGGUAAGAAUCUUGAUAUCGUGUGUCACUGACAAAGGCAAUUCUUCCUGCCAAGAACUUGCUGAGUGUAAAAACGAAGCUCUGAAAAUGACUUUCUCUAAUUGCAACUGGGUUGUGGCUAAAAUACUUGUAGAAUGCGGUGCUGACAUAGGAUUAAUGUUUGGAACUAAGCCUCUGAUGCAUCUUCUUAUGUUAAAAUAUCGGCCACAAGAUCACCGAACGUGGCUGUCUUUUCUGGACGCUUUACUGGCACGAGGAGCAGAUAUUAACAGUCGGGAUGAAAAUGGAAGAACUAUUCUAUUCCAAGCCUGGAGGAGAUAUCCUACUGGCAAAUUUCGUUUGAAAUCUUUAAACUCUCUUCUCCACCAGUUGUUGGAAAGAAGAGCCAGUCCCAUUGUUGCAGACAAUGAAGGAAAAUCACUGCUCAUAUUUGUUCAUGGUCAUGAGAAACGUCUGGCUUUACAAUCCGUCAAAUGGCUUAUAAAGAUUGGGGUCUCCACCCACCAGCCGGCCAUUACAGACAACACUAAAACCCACAGCCUGUCGGGAAGUGUUCAAGCGUCAACACGAUCUCCCACGCAGCGCGCAUUUGAAAAGAAGUAUGUCAGGGCCUUUGAGAUAUUAGUUGAAUCAGGUGCUAGCUCGAACAGGGAAUUAUUUGAUCUCAAUACACGAUAUCAGGUGGAGCUUUCCACCCGAGACAAGACUUCAGCCGAGACACAGAUGCUGGACAUACUGAACCACGCCGCCAGUCAGCCUCGGUCUCUCAAGUCUUUGUGUCGCCUGACUGUCUCUCACGCUCUUGGUUGUUGUUCCCGAAGGACAGCUAAGGUCAAAUCUCUUCCACUCCCUUCUGCACUUCAGGAUUAUAUCCAGUUCUGCGAUGUAUUUACUACAGACGAAGAAGAAGCUUGAGAAACACGGAACCUAUAUUUUUUCAGGGGACAUAAUUUAGCAUUACGAAUUACUAAUACAUGUGCUUAUCAUCCUUUGGUGAUAAAUGUGAUUGUGAACAGUAUGAUUCCGAAGAGAAUGAAUACUAUUCUGACAGCUUAUUCCUACAAAUAUGAAUAUUAUUCUGACAGCUGAGAAGACCUUUAUGAGGCAUUGUAUGAUAUUUUAGUAUCUUAAGAACUACUUUUGCCUGAGUGAUCGUUUCCCUUCCAUAUCAGUGUUCGCCUCAAAAUGUUUUUAUUUUUAUUUAUCCGUCCGUGAUUGAUUGGGAUUUGUUCCUACCUCUGCGUUGGAUUGUCUUAUUUGAUUGUCACUUUGUAGAUUUGUAGAUUGAAAUCUGCGGAUUUAUUCAAAUUUUUCCUUACUUGUCUCUGCUGCCUGACAGCACUGGCUGUGUCACAAGCAGCGUUCUUUCAGAGUUACUUACCUUGAGUGUCGUCUGCAAAGCGGACUGUUAGAUUUGUAACAUUAGGACAUGUUGUGACUACAAAAAUACACAAAUCCUCUUUAUUUCCGCGGCCCUAUGCUCCUUGUGGAGUAACAAGGACUAAACUAAACUGAACUUUAUUCCCAGCUCUCCAACAUACAGUGAGGAUCAACCGUCCAGCCGUAGAUCUACAUUUUUCAAUGGAGUCGACAACCAUUUCUUCUCUUGUUUAUUUUUCUGCACUGAAGAAACCGUAAUCGGUGUACACGCGUACGGGAACAGAUUUGUAGUGUUGUUGUGUACUAUAUUCUUUUUCGCCAACACUGAUUCUUUUCCUACAAUUUGUUUCUGCUGACUGGUAAACUCGUUAUUUCACAGGUAUGUUGUAUUUUUUGCCCAAAUUAUGUAAAGCGCGAAAAGCUGAGAUUCACCACGAACUUACGUCCAUGGAUUCACCAAUGAUCGUGAAGAUCAUUUCUUUUUGUGUUGCCAUCUAUCUCUUAAAGUUUCGAAAACCAUUUUCUGAAUUCUGCUAGGUAUUUGCUUACUGAAAGUGAAUAUUUUAAAUAGGAAAAAUAUCUGCAUUUUGUGGAUUAAAACAGCUUCAUCGAUGCUUUUAUCUAAAUAUAAUCUAGUAUUCAAUCCAAAUAUUUAAGUGUACGUACAGUACUUAAUUUAAAGCAUGCACUUCAAAAUAUCGCUUUCUUGUUUAGAAAAAAAAUUUUGAAAAUGUGUGUAUUUCGUAACGGUGCAUUUGUGGCGAGACGACACUUGUGCAUAUAAACUUAUUUAUCUAACUCUUAACUUGUCAUGAAAACUGUAAUCCAACAGUAUAUCAUCAAUAUAGGUGCCAAAGUUGCAGCAAAUGUGAGGUAUAUGAGUAGAUCAGUAUAUCUUCUCAAAGUUAAUAGUGUUGCAUCUUUGUUACUGUGACAUAAUUGCAAGUGCCAGGAACUUUUCUUUUUUUAAUGUUGAAACCCUUUCACAUGUAAUAUCUUGUACAAAAGCAGUGUAAGUUAUAAAAUUAUGAUUAAAAGAAUGCAGGAAUUUCA